AUGGCACCCACGGCGGGCACAGCCUCUAACCCGGCGAUGCGGGCACGAGACGAUCUUGACACUACGUGGACUUAUCUCGAGAAGAAUGUCAACAACGUAAUGACCAAGUUGCAAGAGGGUCUUGACAUGAAGACAUACAUGGGCGUCUACACCGCAGUUCACAAUUUCUGUACCUCGCAGAAGGCAGCCACGACUCAGGGCCAGGGUGGUUCCCCUGGAACCUUGAGCCCCGUUCAUCGUGGCGCUCAUCUUCUAGGCGAAGAACUCUACACCCUUCUUGGUAAAUAUCUCACGGAACAUCUCCGCGAUGUCCUGGCCGCAUCCGAAUCACAUACAGACGAAGCACUCUUGGCCUUCUACAUUCGAGAAUGGAAGCGUUAUACCGACGCCGCAAAAUACAACAAUCAUCUCUUCAGAUACCUGAAUCGACACUGGGUGAAGCGAGAAAUUGACGAAGGCAAGAAGAACGUCUACGAUGUCUACACUCUGCACCUGGUCAAAUGGAAAGAUGACUUCUUCAAGGCGGUGGAGGGCAAGGUCAUGGAUGCGGUCCUGAGACUCGUGGAAAAGCAGCGCAAUGGCGAGACUAUUGAUCAGAUGCAGAUCAAGGCCAUUGUCGAUUCCUUCGUCUCGCUCGGCUUGGACGAGCUAGACAGCACCAAGUCCACCCUCGACGUCUACCGCAUGUACUUCGAACGUCCGUUCAUUGCCGCCACCAAAGAAUACUACGUCAACGAAUCUCGACGCUUUGUGGCAGAGAACAGCGUCGUCGAGUACAUGAAGAAGGCAGAAGCAAGACUGGAAGAAGAGAAGGAGCGUGUAGGCCUCUACUUGCAUCCCGACAUCAUGAAGAAACUCAUGGAAACGUGCAACGAAGCCCUCAUCACCGCUCACUCUGUCCUGCUGCGGGAUGAAUUCCAGGUGCUGCUCGACAAUGAGCGUACGGAGGACCUUGCUCGGAUGUACAAACUCUUGUCCAGAAUUAAGGAUGGGCUGGACCCCUUGAGGACCCGAUUUGAAAGCCAUGUCCGAAAAGCUGGCAUUGCAGCUGUUGAGAAAGUUGCAGCCCAAGGAGACAGCUUCGAACCGAAAGUUUAUGUCGAUGCGUUGCUCGAAAUCCACGGCAAAUACCAGCAACUUGUUAAUGUCGCGUUUACUGGAGAGUCCGAAUUUGUGCGGUCGCUCGACAAUGCUUGCCAGGAAUUUGUCAACCACAACCAAGUUUGCAAGACCAAUUCUACUCGAUCGCCCGAACUACUUGCCAAAUACGCCGAUCAACUUCUCAAGAAAGGUGCUAAGGCGGCCGACGAGUCUGAGCUUGAAGAACUUCUUGUUCAGAUUAUGGUUGUUUUCAAGUACAUCGAGGACAAGGAUGUGUUCCAGAAGUUCUACUCCCGAAUGUUGGCCAAGCGCCUUGUGCACACAAGCUCUGUAUCUGACGAUGCGGAAACAAGCAUGAUCAGCAAGCUGAAGGAGGCAUGUGGUUACGAGUACACCAACAAGCUACAGAGAAUGUUCCAAGAUGUUCAGAUUUCCAAGGAUCUCAAUACUGCCUACAAAGACUGGCAUGACAAGAUCCUCGAGGACAGUGACGAGAAGAGGACUGUCGACUCCACAUUCCAAAUUUUGGGAACUGGUUUCUGGCCUCUGAAUGCCCCCAACACCCCAUUUGCCCCUCCGACGGAAAUCAACAAGGCCAUCGAGUCUUUUACCAGAUUCUAUGAUCAGAAACACAACGGCCGCAAGCUAACAUGGUUGUGGCAGUUGUGCAAAGGCGAAAUCCGAGCCAACUACAUCAAGAGUCAGAAAGUGCCAUACACCUUCCAAGUUUCGACCUACCAGAUGGCCAUCCUGCUUCUGUUCAAUGACUCUGACAAGUUGGAUUAUGCAGAGAUCAAAGAACUUACCAAGUUGGCGGAUGAACCAAUUGAGUCCGCAAUUGGCAUCCUGUGCAAAGCUCGCGUUCUCAACUCGUCGCCGGAGGACGGCAAACCCGCACCUGGCACUAGUUACUCGCUGAACCACAACUUCAAGAACAAGAAGGUCAAGAUCAACUUGAAUAUUACCGUCAAGUCCGAACAGAAGGUAGAAUCUGAAGACACUCACAAGACCAUUGAGGAGGACCGGAAACUCUUGCUCCAGGCUGUGAUCGUGCGUAUCAUGAAAGGUCGCAAGAAGCUCAAGCAUGUCCAUCUGGUCGAGGAGGUCAUCAACCAAGUCCGUAACCGAUUCCCUCCCAAGAUCGUCGACAUCAAGAAAAACAUCGAUGCCCUCAUGGAGAAAGACUAUAUUGAACGUUUGGACAAUGACGAACUGGCUUACAUUGCUUAA